GUCACACACUACAAGCAAUAUCCACCUAAUACAAGCAAAGUAUAUUCCUACUUUGAAUGUCGUGAAAAGAAGACUGAAAAUUCCAAAUUAAGGAAAGUGAAAUAUGAAGAAACUGUUUUUUAUGGUUUGCAGUACAUUCUGAAUAAAUACUUAAAAGGUAAAGUGGUGACCAAAGAGAAAAUCAAGGAAGCCAAAGAAGUAUAUAGGGAGCAUUUUCAAGAUGAUGUCUUCAAUGAAAAGGGAUGGAACUAUAUUCUGGAGAAAUACGAUGGCCAUCUUCCUAUAGAAAUAAAGGCUGUUCCUGAGGGCUCUGUAAUUCCCAGAGGAAACGUUCUUUUCACAGUAGAAAACACAGAUCCGGAGUGCUACUGGCUCACAAAUUGGAUUGAGACUAUUCUUGUGCAGUCAUGGUAUCCAAUCACAGUGGCUACAAACUCUAGAGAGCAGAAAAAGAUUUUGGCCAAGUAUUUGCUAGAGACUUCUGGCAGCUUAGAAGGACUGGAGUAUAAACUGCAUGACUUUGGCUACAGAGGAGUUUCUUCACAAGAGACUGCAGGAAUAGGAGCUUCAGCUCAUUUGGUGAACUUCAAAGGAACAGACACUGUAGCAGGAAUUGCAUUAAUUAAAAAGUACUAUGGUACAAAAGAUCCGGUUCCAGGAUAUUCUGUUCCAGCUGCUGAACACAGUACCAUAACAGCCUGGGGGAAAGAUCAUGAAAAAGAUGCUUUUGAACACAUAGUGACACAGUUUUCUUCAGUGCCUGUAUCUGUGGUUAGUGACAGCUACGACAUUUACAAUGCUUGUGAAAAAAUAUGGGGUGAUGACCUAAGGCACAUAAUUGAAGCCCGAAGUCCAGAGGCACCGCUUAUUAUUAGACCAGAUUCUGGGAAUCCCCUUGACACUGUUUUAAAGGUCUUGGAGAUCUUAGGGAAGAAAUUUCCCAUUACAGAGAACUCAAAAGGCUACAAGUUGCUGCCGCCAUAUCUCAGAGUUAUUCAAGGGGAUGGUGUGGAUAUCAACACACUGCAAGAGAUUGUGGAGGGAAUGAAGAAGAAUAAAUGGAGUAUUGAGAAUAUUGCCUUUGGAUCUGGUGGAGCUUUGUUGCAGAAACUAACCAGAGAUCUCUUAAACUGUUCCUUCAAAUGUAGUUAUGUGGUGACCAACGGUCUCGGGGUAAAUGUCUUCAAGGAUCCGGUUGCCGAUCCGAACAAAAGGUCGAAGAAAGGCAGACUGUCGUUGCAUCGGACGCCCGCUGGAGAUUAUGUGACGCUUGAAGAAGGCAAGGGAGAUCUUGAAGAGUAUGGACAGGAUCUCCUUCAUACGGUAUUUAGGAAUGGAAAGGUAACGAGGUCAUAUUCAUUUGAUGAAGUAAGACAAAAUGCCAGACUGAAGAACAGUGAACUAGAAAUGGCGUCUCUCUAAGUUUCAUUCCAUGUCUGUGUAUGUGUGUGUGUAAUAAGUACGUACUGCAUAGCUACUGGGUUUAUUGUACAGAUUUGUGUGUUUGUGUUUUAUGACAUUGUAGCCAAAUUAUUUGUUGGUUUAUGGACAUACUGCCCUAUCUUUUGCCAGUCUUUAGAAAAGAUGAAAUCAGAAAAUGGUACUUACAUUGUAAAACAUAUUUAAAGCUAAAGUGUGCUUUUUAGGGCCCUUUGCCAGUAGUGAUUCAAUCUGGUAUUGAUCUUUUCACAAAUGAGACAGAGCUGAGAAACUUUUUUAUAUAUAACAGAAUAUCACAAAAUGGAUUUACAUAAAAUUAUCAUGAUUGCUUUAUGUUUAUAUUUAACUUGUAUUUUUGUACAAACAAGAUUGUGUAAAAUAUAUUUAAAGUUUCAAUAAUUAAGUCUUUCCAACUUUUCAUGAUUUUUAUGAGCACAGACUUUCAAAAAUAUUUGGUGGGGGGGGGAAAUCCAUUGCCUUUUGUCCAUUAAUCAGCAAAUAAAACAUGGCCUUAAAGUUUGUUGUGACAUUGUACCAUUUGAUGACUAAAUCGGGACUCAUAUCUCCUUAAGAUCCCAUAGAAUUGCUGACCUCAUCGUUUCUUGUAGCUGUCUGUAUUAGUAAAUCUGCAUUAAAGAAAAUUACUGUUCUUACUAGAAGGUUUAGGUACUACAGACCUUGCUGGCAUGGUAAGGUAUGUAAAUGAAAUGCCAAAUUUGAAAGGAUUCUCUACUGCAACUUAACUUGCCAAGUCUAUCCCACUUGGCAUAUGCACCUCAAUAUUUUAAGAGUAAAGUUUUUAAGAGAUCUCCUCUUCCACUAUAGAAUAUAUGUAUAAAAUACUGAAAUAUGGAAGCGGUGUAUUUUAAAGUAAUUACACUUCUGGGUUUAUUUUUCAUAUACUGUAAGUGACAUGACUUUAAAGCAAAAUACUGGACUGGGUAGUGCACUUUUUUACUUUUUUGUAUUUUUUUCAUUGAUUUGCCUUUUGUCAGACUGGAUGUUAAAUUGUAAAAAUGUUUAACUAUUUUUGUUAACAACUUUAAUAAAACUUUAUG